CCCACAAUGCAACGCAGACAAGGGAACCUCCAAGAAAGAGCCGCGGAGCAAAAGCUCUAGUAAAUGAACCUGACGCUUUAAGGAUUAUUUAACUCUGAGGACAACGAUUCAGAAAACCAUCUGAACUCGACAUUUUUACAAAUACACGCUUUUCUGACAGGUUUGGAGUAUAUCUGGAUGUGUAACGUUAGCUGUCUUCUGCCUCUAUAACACCAUAAUAACAGCAGCGGCGUCAGGUAAAUAACGGCGCGUUAUUCUCCUCACAGCGAUAUUUUCAACCAUUUUUUACUUUAAAGGACCGAUUUCUCGCUCAUAUUUUAAAGUCCCGGUUCUUUUAUAACUUUAUUCCGCAAUUAGUUUAUUUGCCUGACACUACAGUCAGCUGUAGUUUCCAGCUAUUGUCCUUUUCUUGGAAACAGCGACUCCUCAGGCCGCCACUGGUACUGCAGGUGCCGCUGUGCUGUAAGUGAGACACUGGGAGCCUGAAUAAUUCAACAGUGGAAAAUGAGCACAGAAGAGGCUGAAGCACCAACCAAAACUGCCACAGAUGAGGAUGGCAUGUCCUGGUGGUACCGCUGGAUCUGCAAACUGGCCGGUGUGCUAGGUGGCAUAUCAUGUGCAACAAUGGGCGUUUGGAACUGUGUUACUGUGCAUCCGCUGAACAUAGCUGCUGGAGUUUGGAUGGUGUUGACAGCGUUUGUGCUGUUUCUGUGUGAGGUGCCGUUCUGCUGUCAGUUUGUGGAGUUUGCUAAUGCAGUGGCGGCGCGUGCAGAUCGACUGAAGCCCUGGCAGAAAGCACUCUUCUACUGCGGGAUGGCGCUGUUUCCCGUCUUUCUGAGCUUCUCUAUCACAACUUUGGUUGGUAACGCUAUUGCCUUUGCUACAGGAGUUCUGUACGGACUUGCGUCUCUUGGAAAGAAAGGAGACGCUGUGAGUUACGCCCGAUUGCAGCACCAGAAACAGGGCGACGAGGAGAAACUAGCAGGAACGACGGAGGAGUCUGUGCCCUGAAUCUUCUAUUCACCUCCUCUACCUCCAAUGCACCCUUUUUUACGGUGGCCGAGAGAGCUCAAACACGCUGCAAGUUAAGAAAACAAAUGCAAAUAGAAAAACAAGAAAACAUCUUUAUCAGUUUGACAACACACACACACACUCAAACACUCACAAUACAUGCAAAUAUAGAAACACACUGCAGAUAAUGCAGACCACAAUGGAAAUGUGUUGGGGGACAACAAAAAGUGACAAACCCAGCUACUUCCUGUUUAGAGUCAAGCGUGUUGUUGAAGAUCUGAGAGUUUUUUUUUGCACAAAUGACAUUAAAAAAAUUUUAUCUUAAUGCCAUGUUAGAGUUAGUUUUAUAACUGAAAAUAUACAAACCACAAGAAGCCGUAUGAUAAAAUUAGUUACAAAGGACGUUUAAAUAAACUAAAAACUCACCUCUUAACAACACAGCUGACUCUAAACAGGAAGGAUUCGUCACAUUUUAGGGUCCUCUGACACAUUAAGGCUGAUUUAUACUUCUGCGUCAAGUGCACACAUAUGGUCCGACGUAGCCCUUGUGUGGUCGCAGACCCAUAACUGAUGCUGACGUGCAUCCCUCAAAAAAUGUAACUACACGUCGCAACGACAUGUAACGCAAGCUAUGUGAUUGGUUGGUUGGGUAUCGGUGAUGAGUGUGGACAGAGCUGCGAGCCAGAUGGAGCAAGUGUCGAGUCCCGUGAAGGAGCUCCACAUGCAAACUUUUGUUUUGUGUUUACCUUAUGAUUAAAGAUGUUUCACGUCCGCGGUUCCGGCCUCUGAAUGAGCAAGUUUUAGCUACUUGUACGUUAAUGUUCAGAAAAAAAACUCGACACAGAGGAACAUGAACACCUAGUGCCAGCUAGCGUUUCAGAAGUGUUAUUGCAGAGCAACACAAGCAGCGCACAGAAGUAUAAAUGCACAACUACGCGCAAGGCAGGCGCCGUGGGUUACGUCAAUCACUCGACGCAGAAGUAUAAAACGGUCUUUAGCGCUGUGCUCUGCACAAUUUGCAGCACAGUUCUGUAUCUGUGUCUGUUCUGAGUGUGUGUCCUUACUGUAGUGUUCACUGCUUCCAAUAAUCAUUAUUAUUGGACAGUUUCCCAGUAUUGGUCAAGCUUAUUUCACCAACAACUUGUUUUUUUUUCCUUUUUUUUAAUACAUUUUAUUUUUUAUUUAAAAAAAUGUAAUGCAUAUAUUUAUAAAAUUUAAUUUAUUAUAUGAAUUUUAAAAUUGCUGUGUUACAAUAACAAGAUUUGUAGCAACUCUCAACAACAGAUAUUAUAAGUUAGAUAGUUUGACCAUUUUUUUUAUCUGAUCUUACUUAUUUUGCCAGUAUAACUAGCUAUGUUUCCAUCUAAAGAUGUGAAUUAAAUGUAUGCGCAAAACUGGAAUAUCGCAUAAAAGAAGUGGAAACAAAGCAAAAGAGAAGUCAAAGAGAACAAAAUUGUUACUUCCUGAUUAACUGGCGCCAAAUAUCAACAUUAAAAACUAAAUUUGCUGCAGUAAAAUCUUUUUGCUCUGGUAAAAUCCUUUCUUCGUUUAAUAAAUGACUUGCAUCUCAGAAGGCAAUCCUGACAUGCAAUGAACACGCAGUGGCGUUUUAAAGCAUGAAACACGCAGCACAGACGCUCUUCACAGACAGUUCUGGAGGUCAUUAAUAAUAUAAUAACACUAAUACUGAGAUGGUUACAGCCUUUUAGAAUGACCAAAACAACAUUUCAGAUGUUUUACAGUGCGCAUACUAGUAAAAGUGUU